AUGAAAUCAAGUCCAUGCAAUCUAGAAACUAAUAGAAUGGCAUCAACCACGGUAAUAGAGACUGUCACUAUAACAAGACCUCUUAAGGUGAAAACCGACAAGUGCGCGAAGCCUAGUAUUGGAUUAGCGAUCGUAACAAAUAUACUGUUAGUAAAGAUUGGUAUCGUGAUGCAAACGCACGGGAACUUGACAGCGAACUACUUGUGGCAGCCUGGCGAAUUUGCACGUCGUAUGCUCGGAGCACGGCCAGCGCCCAUCCCGCCAACGAGAGAGUUGUGGCCUCCUCAACAACCUUUAAGUAUCAGCACAUUGCACAUUGCAUAUCUGCAAGAUGAACCUUUACCAAAACGAGCAGCGACGCUUCCUUGUCAAGCUUACACAGUCCCCGAACAUGACUACUUCAAACCGCAAGUUUGUACGGUUGGUACAAAUACUGACCCUCCUCCGACAAUCCUCAGCAAGCUGAGGUUUCUUGUUAAACGCCAAGACAGUAAUCCGGCCAAGUCAAUUACUGCAAGUGGCCCACCGACUGGACGACUAACUGCGGUUCCAAGAGAGACCACUUUUGAAGUGAAAGGAGAAGAACACUCGACAAAACGUGCCUUCAAUGGAAUAAAGAAAGCUAUUACGGGAGUGAAAUAUCGGGUCGCUCCGAGGUCUGAGGCCGUAGAUAGUCCUAAGAUUGUGUAUGAAAUACCUAAACCCGGAAACAGAAUGAGUACAACUUUUGGAGCAGAGAAGGAGACUCGAAAGAGGUGCAAGUUGCCAUCGCGCGCAUCGUGCUCACGAUCAUUGCGUGCAUUCAGGGACUGGUGCAGACGACGACCACGGCGUCCACCUCGACGUCAGCCUAAUCUGCCGCGCCUGCAAAUCACUCAGGUGUGA